AUGUUACAGAAGGUGGAAGAAAUGAAGGCGGAUGAACAUCAAUCCAUGCGAAAAAUGCGGUCUCUAUGUGAACAGAUAACUCGGGAUCUAAAUCAGAUGAGAACAGAAUCCGAUAUGUUGCGAAUGGAAUUCGAGCAGUCGCUUGCUGCACAUAGUAAACAGGACGCAAAGCAGCAGGAUAUCAAAGUGUUGUUCGGUACGCUGAAGACCCAAAAUUAUCAGCUGAAUUCGGAUGUUGCGAAAUAUCGGAAAAAGUGGAAAGAGGGAGUCAACACCAAUUAUAAGAUACAAACGGAACUUGAUGGCGAAAGGCGACGACUGGAGCGCUGUCUCGUCAUAGAGUUAGACGACGAAGAUUCGAAUGAGCUUGCCAGCCCAGAUCAGUCACGAGAUGACCUCGACGUUAGCGACGAUGCCAAUGGGGAGAAGCAUCAGCAGUUUACAAGCGAAAAUCUUGGAAUUGAAGCUCAAACUGGAAAGGAUUCAUGUUUCAGCUUCUUGGUCCGUGAACGCCGGCUGAAAAGGGAAAAUGAGCGUUUAAUACACCAGAUUAAACGUUUGGGAAAUAUUGAACGAAAAGAGAGGAUGCGAUAUUUUGAGGUAUGUUAUUAUUUUUGA